CGGCCCUUUUUCCUUUCUACUAGCUCUGAGUAGUGUACUUCAUAACUCCAGUUUGAAUUCAUCCAUAACCCAAAGCACGCAAAUACAACCCCAUAAUCUUUUUGUCUUUUCCACAAUCUUCAAUACUCCAUAAUUAAUCAAGAUGACCGCAGGCGCACAGGUUAUCGCCAACUCUGGCCACGAUGAUAUGAUUCACGAUGCAGUUCUCGACUACUACGGCAGGAGGUUAGCGACAUGCUCCUCGGAUCGCACCAUCAAGAUCUUUGAGAUCGAGGGCGAAUCACAGCGACUUGUUGAGACACUGAAGGGACACGAUGGCGCAGUUUGGUCCGUAGCAUGGGCGCACCCCAAGUACGGCAACAUCCUCGCCUCGGCAGGCUACGACGGCAAGGUUCUCAUUUGGCGCGAGCAAGCCGGCAGCUGGCAGCGCAUCUUCGACUUCGCCCUGCACAAAGCUAGCGUCAACAUCGUGUCCUGGUCUCCCCACGAAGCCGGCUGCCUCUUGGCCUGCGCCUCUUCGGACGGCAACGUCAGCGUUCUCGAAUUCAAGGAUAACAGCUGGGAGCACAACAUCUUCCACGCCCACGGCCUGGGCGUCAACUCGGUCUCGUGGGCCCCCGCCACCACCCCCGGCAGCAUCGUCAGCAGCAACCCCGGCCCCGGCUCGACAGGCAACAGACGCUUCGUGACUGGCGGUUCCGACAACCUGCUCAAGAUCUGGACUUUCGACCCCGCGACGAACGGAUACAAGCUCGAGCGCGAGCCCCUGGCGGGUCAUACAGAUUGGGUUCGCGACGUUGCGUGGAGCCCGACUGUGCUUCAGAAGAGCUACAUCGCGAGCGCCUCGCAGGACAAGACGGUGCGCAUCUGGACGAGUGACGCGGCGAACCCGGGCGAGUGGAAGUGCAAGGUUCUCAACUUUGAUGCGGCCGUCUGGCGCGUUAGCUGGUCGCUCAGCGGAAACGUGCUGGCCGCCAGCAGUGACAACAACAAGGUCACACUAUGGAAGGAGAACCUUAAGGGCGAGUGGGAGAACGUCAAGACCAUUGAGGAGUAAAAUCACAUGGAAAUUGGGUCAUGUUAUGAUGAUGAUGGGUGGCGAGCGUUAGCAUAAUAUUGGUAGGUAGGAUAUCUACUCAUCAUCCAGAGUGGGCGUUAUCGGAUAAUAAAUAAGGAAGGCCAGCGAAAAGGAGCAGGCCCGCCUUCGGUUUCACAAGAACAUAUCCAGAUUGGCUUCACAUCAACUGCUCGGGACAAUGAAAAGAUCAAGCCAAGUUCUAUCUUUACACUAUCACAUUACCUCGGGCUUGCGGAGAGUACAUCUGAACCAGUAUAUCCCACCUCUCAAGUCAUCAACGCGCCUUAUCCAUCUUCUCUUCCAACCAUCCCAACACAAUCUCCCUUCCCCUCUCAUCCAGAUCCCCGACACCUUCCAAAUCGCCAAUCACCAUGUCCUGAUCAUCCACCACGCCCACGUCCGCCACCUUGACCCUCCUCGCCGCCUCCAGCUCCCAAUGGUGGAGGUCGAUCAGGUAAUCCUCGUCCCACUUCCG